AUGUCAACCAUUAACUCAUCCAGGCUAUGGAGAUUUUGCAAGGUUCUAACUUUAACUGAGAACAUGAGGUUGAUGAACAACUCAACCUCCCGAGACAAUGCAGUAAUUAAAGAUUUUGCAAAGUGGGUUUUAGAUGUUGGUGAUGGUAAUUUGGGUGAUUAUAAUGAUGGUGAGUCUGAUAUUAAAAUUCCUAAUGAUUUUUUAAUCCAUCAAUCUUCCAACCCUAUUGCAGAUAUUGUCCAUUUUAUGUACCCCGACAUUCUUCAAAAUGUUGGUUGUAACAAAUACUACUGUGACAAGGCAAUACUUGCUCCAACUCUGGAUGCUGUUGAUUCAAUUAACCAAUAUGCAUUGUCACUAUUUCCUGGGGAUGAAACAACUUACCUUAGCUCUGAUUCAGUCUGGAGGGUGAAUGAUGAUAUUGGUAUUGAAGCUGAUUGGUUAACAACAGAGUUUUUAAAUGGUAUUAGAUGUUCUGGAAUUCCUGAUCACAAAUUAGUUCUUAAAAAAGGUGCACCUGUUAUGCUCAUGCGAAAUCUUGACAUUUCUACUGGUAUGUGCAAUGGUACGAGACUUAUUGUUGACUAUCUUGGACCAAAUGUGAUUGGUGCAAUUGUUCUUUCUGGCACACACAAUGGAAAGAUUGUUUACAUUUCUAGGAUGAAUUUGAUGCCAUCUGAUGAAAGCAUGCCAAUUAAGUUUCAGAGAAGACAAUUUCCUUUGAUUGUAUCUUUUGCGAUGACUAUAAACAAAAGUCAAGGACAAUCAUUAGCUCAAGUCGGUGUCUAUCUACCAAAGUCAGUUUUCUCUCAUGGCCAAUUGUAUGUUGCUAUUUCCAGAGUUCAAAGUCGGUCUGGACUCAAGAUAUUAAUAUGUAAUGAAGACACUAAUGACCAAGAUGCUACAAAGAACAUUGUCUUCAGGGAAGUUUUCCAAAAGAUUUACUUGAAUUAG